UAUUUUUAGCAGGUCGGGGGGUGAGAGGGGGGCGGGGGGAGUACAUGUGGAGCCUCGAUCGGAGCGAUGCGUGGAAGCGGUGACAGAGGGAUGGCGAGGUCGCGUUGGAAGCUUUGGGCAUGGCGGAUCGAGCCCCACCUCCUACAAAAACCCUAACCCUACCCUUCUUCCGUUCCUGCCAUUCCCCCUUCCAGUCCCCUCAGGUGUUCUUGUAGAUGGCGGAGGUGCCGAAGCUGCUGUACAUUGUGGUGGUGGACGAGGCAGAGAGGACAGGGGAUGAGAGGGAGAGCUUGUCGUUCCGGUACACGCGGCCGGUGCUGCAGAGCACGCUUCAGCUCAUGGGAUGUAAGGCGCGCCACGCCUUCAAGAUUAGCCGGAGAGUAUUUGAAGUGAUGAGGAGUGAACACAUAACAAAAUCUGACGCCUUGGAAAGCUCAUCUAGCAAAGAAAAUGAACAUCACCAAGCUGGUUGCUCGAGUCAGGAGGAAGUCAGCAGCCACUCGAUUCAAGAAGCUGUAGAUACAAGUAGCACGAUGCCAUUUGAGUUGUACAAAAGACUAACAACUGUUGUUGUUACAAGAGAGAACUUUCUAAACGUUGUUUGUGAUGCACUGUCCAUGUAUAAGUAUGUUGGUCCCAAUCAAAGAGCAGACUUACUCCUAGCAUGCAGAAUUCGUGAAAGAAAGGAAUCUGUGACAGUUCUUUUGUGUGGCACAAGUGGGUGUGGCAAGUCUACUUUGUCAGCUUUGCUGGGAAGCAGAUUGGGUGUCACAACUGUAAUUUCGACUGAUUCGAUACGCCACAUGAUGAGGAGCUUUGUGGAUGAAAAGCAAAAUCCACUUCUUUGGGCUUCAACAUAUCAUGCUGGUGAAUGCUUAGAUCCAGUGGCGGUUGCUGAAGCAAAGGCUAAACGAAAAGCAAAAAAACAUGAUGUUGUUUCUCACCCGAUGGUUAAAGAGGAAUUAUCUGAUUUUACUUUAAAUGAAAAAUCUGAUGGUCGAUCCACAGAUCCUGUCUCUGGAACUGAGUUGAUUGGCAAAAAGCAAAUGGCUAUUGAGGGAUUCAAAGCACAAAGUGAAAUGGUUAUCGAAAGCCUUGAUCGGUUGAUCACCGCAUGGGAAGAGCGAAAAGAAUCUGUUGUUGUUGAGGGUGUCCACCUAAGCCUCAAUUUUGUGAUGGGACUCAUGAAGAAGCAUCCUUCAAUUAUUCCUUUCAUGAUUUACAUUACAAACGAGGACAAACACAUGGAACGAUUUGCAGUACGUGCAAAAUACAUGACCCUGGAUCCAGCCAAAAAUAAGUAUGUUAAGUACAUCCGCAAUAUCAGAAAAAUUCAGGAGUAUCUCUGCAAUCGAGCUGACAAGCAUCUGGUGCCAAAAAUAAAUAAUACAAAUGUUGACCGUAGUGUGGCAGCCAUUCAUGCGACUGUGUUUGGUUGCCUACGUAGACGAGAGGCAGGAGAGCAGCUGUAUGAUCCAACUACUAAUACAGUUUCUGUAAUACAUGAAGAGCAUAGAAACCAAUGUGCUGCUAACUCUCUGAGUUCCAAGGGAAUGUUUCAAUUGAUCCAGAGGAAGGGGUCUUUUAGGCAUUUGAUGGCGCUUGUUAAUACAGAUGGAUCUGUGGCCAAGGCUUGGCCUGUCGAGUCUGUUGGGCAUGGGAAGGCCACAUCUGGAAAGGGCAUUGAGAAAUUUGUGGGAAACCCUAUGUAUGGCCCCUUGCAGAUUGGGAAGGCAGAGCCUGUUAAUCUUCAGUUUGGUAAUUUUGGGAUCAGUGCGUGGCCAAGUGAUACUGGGGGUACAAGUCAUACAGGAAGCAUUGAUGACUCGAGGGCUGAUGGCACUGAUACUGGUAGUAGAUAUUAUUCUUCCUGUUGCAGCUCUCCAAAGAUGUCAGAUGGACCUGCUAAAGAGCUCAAGGAGGAACAGUCAGUGUCUGGUAGUGAAGAAGAAGCUGAUGAUCCACCUGAUGUGGACAGUGAUGAGGACCUAAGUGACAACAAGGAGAUCCAUGAAGAGAUGGAAGGCUCUGUUGAUGAGAACUCAACCAAGUCUGAUGAGGAGUAUGAUGACUUGGCCAUGCGAGAUGGCCUGGAGAAUGGUUACUGGUCGGACGAUGAUGAGGGCCCAAACAAUGAAAGGAAACUAGCAGAUGAGAAAAAGAGAACAGUGGACAGCUCGGGAAUGAAAGAGAAGUACCAACACAAUCUUGAUCUCUUCUUGAAGAUAAGUGAGCAUGCCACUGAACCGCCAUAUUCCUACUCCCUGCUCUCUGAGAAAAGUUCGGACAUGAAAAUGAGGAAACGUUCGUUGAGUGACUCUUUGAGAUUCCAAGGCCGGACGCAAAGCAUUUCGGCUGUAGGUGAGUCUGGGUCGAUGUACAGGGGGCCGGUCCUUUCAGUAGCACCUCAGAGGUAGGUAGCCUGACGAGGAUUUUGUAGAGCGAGCUCUGGAAGCCUGAGGAGAUAGUUACUCUGUCCUGUUUUGCUGGUUGAAAUGGGUGCAUGAGUUGUAGAAGAUUUUAUGUAUUUAUAUAUCUUGUCUGCCUUUUCGGUUUUCUUCUGUGGCA